GAAGAGAGAGGGAGAGAGAGCGAGAGAGCGCGAAAACAGAGAGAGGCGCGGCGAGGCGAUCUCGCGCGCGCGGGUGGAGCGAUAAAGGAUACACACACCGGUGCGAUAGAGGUAGGCGAGGCAAGCACGGCUAAAUUCGCCGCUGCAGAAUGGCGUGGGGCUACUGGAGCGCAACUUCCGUCAGCGAUCGGGGUCGGUCACCUCGCCGCGAGAAGGACAAACAGCAACAGCACCAGAGCCUGCAUCAGCAUCAACAGCAGCAGCAAUCACAACAAGUGUACCAGUCGCAGGCGGAUCUGGCGCAGAGCACCUACGGCGUGCAGCAGGCAGAGCUCGCAGCCGGCCCCGGCUGCGCGGUCGCGGUGGUGGAGGAGCCACCCUGCAGCAUGAUGAUCCAGGGUGGUUCCUUCUACUCGUACUCGGCGGCGACGGCGGCUGCCGCCGCGGCCAGCCGCCGCAUCACCGGCGCCGAAGGCGGCCCGUCCUCCUCCACCACGUCCACCGGUAUCCAGGUGUUGCCACGGGAACGGCACAUCAGACCCGGCACGAGCGCGUACGCACCGCAGUCGCCGGGUAGCGGCGACUCCGCCGAAUACGAACAGCCUAUCGUCGCGAGCGGCAUCAUCCGCGGCGAGAUUUCGCCGCCCCGCGGCGGCACGCCGCACGACGACAUCUUCGCCCAGCCCGGCACCUCCUCGUCCUCCUCGUCCGUCCGGCCGAAGCCGCCGUUACCGUGCGAGCCGUGCGAGGGCAUGGAGGAUCUGCCCGACGUCGAGCUCGAGGAAGUGCAUCACAACGCCGAGCUGAUAUACGCCAGUCGCGGAUUAGGGACUACCGCAACGUGCCGCGUGCACGGCCCGUGUAACCCGGAGUCCGCGCCCUCGAUGACAUCGCUGCUGGACGAGCAUGCGGCCUCGUCGCAGUUCCAGUUCAACGAGAUCACCUGGGUUUUUCCAAACGUGCCGCCCGCACCUGGGAUGCCUUGUCAGGGAGAAGACAGAAGCAUCUACAGACGUGGCGCUCGUAGGUGGAGGAAGCUGUACCGGGUGAACGGCCAUAUUUUUCAGGCGAAACGAUUCAAUCGGAGAGCCUUUUGCGCCUUCUGCCAGGAUCGGAUCUGGGGUCUCGGGCGGCAGGGAUUCAAGUGCAUCCAGUGCAAAUUACUCGUGCACAAAAAAUGUCACAAGGUGGUGAGGAAGCCAUGCUUGAGCCUGCAGCAGCAGCAGCAGCAGUUGCAGAGCGCAGAGUCGCAGACGAUCGACAGGAAUGGCGACCAACAGCUUGAUUCGUUUCCGUGCGUCACAGCGACCCAUCUCGAGAAUGAGAUCACGGAGUCGCCGGUCAUGGAGGAGCAUCCGCGCGAUCGGAUGGGAAGUGAGGAAGGGGAGGAAUUGUCAUUGGACACGCUAAACGACGGCGAUAACUCCAACGACAUGCAACGUCAGUACUCGUUGAACGACUUCGAGCUGAUUAAGGUGAUCGGCCGUGGUUCCUACGCGAAAGUCUUGAUGGUAGAGCUCAAACGCACUAAGAGGAUUUACGCUAUGAAAGUGAUCAAGAAGGCCCUGGUGACGGACGACGAGGACAUCGAUUGGGUACAGACGGAGAAACAUGUAUUUGAGACGGCCUCGAAUCAUCCCUUCCUAGUAGGCCUGCACUCCUGCUUUCAAACACCCUCGCGUCUGUUCUUUGUGAUCGAAUUCGUGCGUGGCGGUGAUCUCAUGUUCCACAUGCAAAGACAGCGCCGUCUUCCCGAGGAUCACGCGCGGUUUUAUGUUGCCGAGAUCAGUCUUGCCUUGAAUUUCUUACACGAGAAAGGAAUCAUCUAUAGGGAUUUGAAACUGGAUAACGUGCUGCUUGACCACAAAGGGCACGUUAAGCUCACGGAUUACGGGAUGUGCAAGGAGGGUAUCAGAGAGGGCGACAACACGGGCACUUUCUGCGGUACUCCCAAUUACAUCGCUCCCGAGAUACUUCGUGGUGAGGAGUACAGCUUCUCCGUGGACUGGUGGGCCCUAGGAGUCUUGUUGUAUGAGAUGUUAGCCGGUCGCAGUCCCUUCGACAUCACCGGUGCAUCCGAGAAUCCAGAUCAAAAUACUGAGGACUUUUUGUUCCAAGUUAUUUUGGAGAAGACUAUACGUAUACCGCGUUCGUUGUCCGUUAAGGCGGCGUCCGUUCUUAAAGGAUUCCUUUGCAAAGAUCCCGCGGAAAGGCUAGGUUGCGGGAAGAGGCCUACCGGUUUCUACGACAUUAUCAGCCAUCCCUUCUUCAAAGCGAUUGAUUGGGAAAUGCUGGAGCAGAAGCAGGUUACGCCGCCUUACGAGCCACGCUUGAAUUCCGAUCGUGAUCUGGCGAAUUUCCCGCCGGAAUUUACGGAUGAGCCUGUGCACUUAACUCCGGACGAUCCGAGGGUAAUUGAGAAAAUCGAUCAGAGUGAGUUCGACGGCUUCGAGUAUGUGAAUCCUCUACUGAUGUCACUGGAAGACUGCGUGUGACAAGAACCGCUUCUCAUUGUGCAGCGUCACAAUCAAGAUCACCAGCUGCAGCUGCAGCUGCACCAACAGCAGCAGCAAUACAUGUA